AGUCACGGCAAUAGCAAUUGCACAAAAAUUGGGAAAAUAAAACUAAAAGAUGAGACUAUAAGUGUUGUUGAAAUGACCGCGACAGGGCAAGGAGACACUUCCAAGCUCGCCACGCUGGCUGGCGAGGUGGAAGAAUCCGAAAGUCCGACUAGUAAGGCCACCGAGAGUCCAUUUCGGCGUCCGCUGUACCGCCCUGCUGGAUUUCGUCCCCCGCAAGGUGGGGAGAAGAACUUCGUGGCCAGGCUACGCGAGGGCGUCGAGAUCCGCGUAGAUGCCGACCAGGCGCGGGAAUUGUUCUCGAAGAAGGUAGAGGUGUUCCCCUCCACCACCAGCCCUGCGGUGGCCUCUUCGCGGCGGAGCAAACUGGUGGAACACGAGGCCGGGACCUUUGCUCGGCUUGCCAAAGCCGUCGUCGAAAGCGAUGUCUGGGACCAGGAGCCGGUGGAAAUCGCGGGCGAAGUCGGGAACUUCGCGAAAACGGUGUCGUCCCGAGCCGCAGUCGUAACGGAAAAGCUGCUGAACACCGUGGCGAAAAGCGACUACGGUACGUGGUGGUCCGGCAAGCAGCUGCAGCGGGCCUCAAAAGGAAGCCGGGGACCAUCGGAUGAAAAUUCCGCUGCGGCGGGGGCGGUUGCUCGUGCGGAGGAACUGGACAGCCGACAACGUGUACGAGGCUCAGUGGAAAUCGGCGGAAGUAGUUCCUCCACUGCUCCUCCCGCUCUUCUCGGCGGAAGUAGAAGGCACUUGCCGGGCUUUAGCGGGGUGCUCCUGCCGUCAGACAAAAGUAGCGCACUCUCUGCAAUCUUGCCAGCAUCGUGCUUACUUCCGGAAGCCGAGUCCAAGAUCAGUUCCUGCGAUGAGGAGAACGGUUGUGCGCCUACCUCGUCUGGUAUGUAAGUUUAGUAGUUUUGCUUUUGCUUUUCAGCAGGUAGGGGUAGAAGUGUAGUGACGCAACUAGCUACCGCUCCUUCUGUCCGAUACUGUUUGUGCCGACGAGGAGGAACUAAACACAUAUUGCAAUACGUACAAGCAUAAACUGGCAAAAGUACUUGGCCAUUCAUUGACGAUUUGACGUACUACUUCAACCACAAAUUCGAAACAAGACAGAGCCGGUAGAUUUCGAGAAGCGAAUGCGCGAAUACGAGAAGCGUCUGGAUGCGCUGGUAGGAAAGCUGGGCGCGCGACUUGGUCCGCUAAAAUACGACCUUCCAUCGCUUUCAAAGGCCGCGCAGAAGGAGGUUGAGGAUCCGGCGCCCCCGGAGUCGCCUCCCGAAGAAAGAUCCACUGCACCAGCGGCGCCCCCUGACCAGACCGUAAUCCCGGCGGAUACGGAGUCCGUUUCUGGCAGCCCGGGCACGCAGAAGAAGAAAAAACGGGUCGUCGCGAAACGAAAAGUGAACCGGAAAUCAAAACCAGAUGCGACGGAAGAGACCACAACCGCAGAAGUAGAAGCUGCUACAGAAGACACGACCAGUGGCGCAGCAAACAAGGUCCUUUCCAUUGAUGAGGAGCCCACGGCGGAAUUGCCAACGGUCGACGAAAUAAAUGCGGUGGCGGAAGAAAAAGAGCUCCUUCAGCUGCCCUACGGACCACCGGCAGUCCUCGAAGCGGCGGCAGCAGCGGGUGGGGAGCCCAGCAUCGUGCAGUCACGCACGGACUCGCUGGGAGAUCGCGUCGGGUCACUCUACAACGUCGCACGAGCUGACGUCGCUGAGGCCGCGACAGAAAACGUGCUCACCAGCGGACUGAGUGACUUUAAACGGAGCGAGCUGCUGCGGGAUUUGCACAAGCGAGAGAAUUCCAUAGCGCAGAGGAUGGUUGCGCUGCGAGACGAGUGGACAAGGUCCGAGAAGGAGCUCUCGCACCUGCUGGAGACCAGCAGCUCCCCGUCUCGGCGACGCAUACCUGAUCCCUCUUUAGUACGCCGGCGGGGGGAGACGGCACUUCGCUUCAGGGCGCGCCAACAAAGAGCCGCGACCGAGGCGGGCACCAGCAGCGACUUGAUGUCCCCCUCACGUAUCAACUUGACUGGUGACCCUUUGUCGUGCGAUAUGGCUGCUUUUUUGCCUCGCUCACCGGAUCCCAAAGUUGGCUUCUCGCGUGCGCGACAAUGCGUGGAGGACGCCUACAAUUGUCUCCAGUCCGUUCUCUCCCCGAGCGGACGUUCGCGCGAGCCGUCCGCGGCGCUCAUACCCCCGAGCGUGCUGAACCGGCGGAGCCAACUGCAGCAGGUGAAGACAGACGAGGGAGGCGCAGCCUCCUCUUCACGAAAGGCUUUUAUUCCAGAGUGGUCGACGAGUGAUCGUCUUCUGCCCUCGGAGCAACAGGACCCGACAGCGGCAGACGUUGUGGAUCCUGCGUUUUUGCAAGAGAAGGAUGCGCUGUUGAACAAGCUGAAUGCGCUUGAGGAAAGACUGCGGCGAAAUAUGAUGACCAUGACGCUUGCAAAAAACACUGCGGCGGCGGCUCCGAAUUAUGCGGCCACGGGAGCUGCGCCCGGCAGCAGUAAGGGAACGGACCACACGCAGGGCGGUGCUGGUAGCAAAACUGCAGACCCGGAGUAUGUGCAGAGAAUGCCAGCGGCGAGCGGAAGCGAAGACGAAGCACCUCUACAACAAGGCGUGGACCAGGGACUACAAGGUAUAGCUACUGCUGUUUAUCGUUUACUCGAACUCGUCGGGCCAUUUGCUUUGUUGUAUUGUGGUGAACGACGUACACCAACACCAACUACACCUAGCUCAGUCAAGUUCCCUUUUGUUUUUCAAAUUAGUACCAAUGAGACAAACUUCCAAAAGACAGCAACCGUCCGCUGAAAAUGCAAUCGCCAGACCGUGUGUACUACUUCGGUGAUGGCACGUGGGCCUGGAGAUGAGUGUUGGGAGUAGUGCUUGAAGCCGCGAAGCUGUGGUGCAGAUCGUGUCACAUGUCAUACCGCUGCUGCUCAGCCGUGAACACGUGGGAUGGUCUGGUAACCAAGAAAGCCUGCUGCGCACUGGAGCUGAAUGCACGGCUGGGUUCGGAAUAUGAACGUUGCAAAGUGCAUCGAUCUGCAUCUUCCUCUCGCUUGCACAUGAAUAACGACUACUCACGAAG